ACACACGCAUAAGACCGUAUUUACAAAAAAUUGGAUAUUCAACUUGGUCUAGAUGCCAUGCUCCAACAAGAAGAUAUACAAUGAUGACAUCAAAUAUAGCUGAAUCAAUAAAUGCUGCAUUGAAAGCUGCAAGAACGCUGCCAAUCACUACAAUGAUGGAGGGCCUUCGAAGUUUAGUUCAAAAAUGGGUAUGGAAAAAUGGUAACGAAGCAAACGGAACAUUCACACAAGUAACAACAGAUACUGAAACUGUGCUUAGAGAAAACUUUAUUCGUGCCAUUAAAUUUCAGGUCUUCCCAGUAAACACUAUACUGUACCAAGUUGUGGUUGAACAGAAAGGAAAUUUUUUGGUCAACCUAAUGGAGAAAACAUGUGAAUGCAAAAGAUUCCAACAAGACGAAAUACCGUGUGCACAUGCAAUAGCAGUAUUCGCCAAAACACGGCUGAAAACAUAUGAUUAUGUUGCUAAUUACUACAAAACUACAACUAUGAAAGCAACAUAUGACUCAACUGUUCAUCCAUUGCCAAAUGAAGGCGAAUGGACACUGCCAGAGACUUUAAACAUAAUUGUCCUACCACCAAAAUCAAGAAAACCACCAGGCCGCCCUAGAAGGAAAAGAAUCAGAUCUAGAGGAGAACCAAAGGUGCAAAUAAAAUGUGGAAGAUGCGCACAGCAAGGGCAUAAUAGAAAAACAUGCAGGAAUGAACCAAUCCCAAAGCUGCGAAACACAACAAAGUCAAAGAAAAUAGACAAAUAAUUUUCUAAAGAAUAGAUAUACUACAAUUUCAAUAUUUUCAUUUGAUGUAAUAAAAUUGUAUCCUAAUGUUUUCUACUUCAAUAAAAGUACAAACUUUUUAAACAUUUUACAUUUUAUAAACUUGAUACUCAACUUCAUGGUUCCAAACACAAAGAUAUUCCAAAUCUGGAUACUCAAGUACCUGGUUACAACACAUAUUAUAGAAAGAAAAAAAAACAGAUACUAUAAGUAAAUUUAACAAACAACUACAUAUACAUGUAACCAACGAUUUAAAAACCUAAUUAUAAAACCACAAAUCUUUCACAAAAAACAAAAAAACAUAAAAUAUUAUAAACUUGAUACUCAACUUCUAGGUUCCAACACAAGAUAUUCAAAAAUUGAAAAUUCAAGUACCUGGUUACAACACAUAAAAAUAUAAAAAACAAAAAGCAAUCACUAUAAGAAAUUUUAACAAACAACUAUAUAUUAAUAAAACCAACUACUUUAAAAACCUAGUUAUAUAAUCAGAAAUCGUUCACACAAAAAAAAAAACAACAAACAUAAAAAAAUAAAAAAUAAUUUAAAAAAUAGAAAUAAAAACUAAAGAAACAGUAACCAGUUACCUGAAACAUAUAGCUUUUACAAUCUAUCACAGAAGUAACCGGCUACACCAUCUUCAUACAAUAAUAAUUGAAACCUGUAUGAAAAAAAAAACAUGUACAUCACAAUAUCUUCACACUUUAAAAAAAAAAAAAAACUCCAACACUAUUGAAUAAAAAAACAUACACAUUAAAAUAAUAUACAUUAAAAAAAACUUUAUAUUAAGCCAAAAGUUGAAACCAAUUCUUUACAUUGACCAAAAAAAAAAAAAAAAAACCAUACAUAAGUCCAGUACUAAAACAGUACCCAGUUACAAACCACAACUUCAUUAUUAAACAACGAAAGAAAAAAAAGACAUGGUCGUUAAUACAGCUAAAAAAAAAAAAACUCCAACAUCUCUACUUAUAAUUUCUCCUCCUCUUUGAUUUCUUUGAUGGAGCAUCAUCUUCUGUCUUGUACCCACCAAUCUGCUUCUUUUUUGCAUGACUAUACAAGUUAAUGGCAAGAUAAUCACGAUAGGUAGCAAUUUUGGCAGCCAUGUUCUUCGGGAUGUCAUCAAUCUUCCCAUGAAUAAACAAAUCAGCAUACUUGAUAACAAAUACUCCACAAUCACU